GCCUUACUUGCUGGUGUAACGUUGCUGAACGCCUCGUUGUGUUUUGUAUGGCAGCUGGCUGCCGCUGCCUUGAAAGGUUUCCGCUAUGACACUUCGGUGUAGUGAAUGUUUCAUGUAUGAGUAAGCUGCCACCUUUGUGACUGACCCUGCCUUGGAAAUGGACCCAGUGGUGCUGAGUUAUCAGGACAGCCUGCUUCGACGCUCAGACGUGUCCUUGUUGGAGGGCCCUCACUGGCUCAACGACCAGGUCAUCGGUUUUGCCUUUGAGUAUUUCGCCACGGAGCGCUUCAAGAGCCUCGGUGACAAGGUCUGUUUCAUCAGCCCUGAGGUCACCCAGUUUAUCAAGUGCGCCUCCUGCCAAGAGGAGCUCGCUCUGUUCCUGGAGCCCCUGAGGCUGCCGUCCCGUCGCUGGGUUUUCUUGGCAGUCAACGACAACUCCAACCAGACGGCUGGCGGCUCUCACUGGAGCCUGCUUCUCUACCAGCGAGACGCAGGCCAUUUCUCCCACUAUGACUCGCAGAGCGGUGGCAACUCCCUGCAUGCCCGACGCAUUACAGCCAAGCUCGAGACAUUUUUGAGCGCCAGGGCCCAAGUGCCCUUCGUGGAAGAGCCUUGUCCAUCGCAGCAGAACAGCUAUGACUGUGGCAUGUACGUCAUCUGCAAUGCAGAAGCUCUGUGCGAGAGCUUGCGGGCCGAAGGCUACGCUCGCAUCCCUGCCCAGACUAUAACACCCACUUACAUCACGAGGAAGCGGACAGAAUGGCACUCGCUAAUUCAAAGACUGGCUAGAGACUGAGGAGCUUCGUACUGGUAUAUCCUCGCACACUGAGUGGUUAGCAUGAACUACUUCAUCUGAGGUGUUUGGCUAAUAGGAGUGUAAAUGUCUGACCUCAAAAUGGUUUUGUAGGAAACAAUUCAGCACUUCACGAAAUCUGAAAUGUCAUCUGGAUGUGACACUAACUGAUUAUUUUGGUACAAUUUAGAAUCAAAAUUCAUAUUUAUUAUCAAAAAUACACCAAAGACACACAAAUACAGAAUACUGAUUACACAGUAGCACAACAUAGACAAUGUUUUGGGUUUUAAUUUGGCCAGAGAGAUAAAUGAGCACACACUUUUUCUUUUUUUAAAAUGAAUAUUAUUCAAAUUAUGGCUGUUAUCAAACUGAUUAAUUGUGAUUAAGCCUGAUUUUUUUUUUUGGAUAGUUAAUCGUAAUUAAUCAGAUUCUUAUUUGGAUAAAAUUGACCCUAAAGAUUUCUCCCCAGUUUUUAGUGCAUUGUGUCAUAGUUAUAUUAACAGACAAAAUAAGUUCGAUUAGAAUAUGUCUAUUAACGAGUUUUCACAUUAACCUGAACAUGAAAGUGACAUGAUUUCCAGGGUGAAUUCAGUUGUUUUUCAUUACAGAAGUCUAGUGGGAGCAGCAGUGGCUGCAUGUUCCAACCAGUGAGUGUGUGUAUGUAUGUA